AUGCCCACGUAUAACUAUAGUCCAUACGUUAAGGAUAAUUUUGAGUUUCUCCAAAGUUUAGCAAAAACUACUUCUGAGAAAAAGAAAAACGCUCUUAUUAUUUCAGCAAGCGCAGAUCAAAUUUUAGCGAUUGUUGAAAUUUGUGCUAAUAUUCUAAAGAAUAAUUUUACUCUAAGUAGGAGACAACGUAAAAAAUUAGCACAAUUUGCUGACUUUUAUAGAGCAAUCGCUCGAACGCGUACUGAAAAAAGUGCAAGAAAUCGCAUACAACAAGGAGGUAGUGCCGCUCUAGCAGCAAUACUUGUACCCGUCUUGGGAGCUUUAGCUGAACACAUUAUUCAUAAAUUCUCUCAGGAAUGA